ACACGCCCACACACACACUCAGACACAAACACACACACUCACAUACACACACGCAUUUGCACAGACAGGAGGAGGAGAAGGCGGAUCUGUAAGUAGAAACAGGACUUCCACGGAGUGAAACGCAAUCAUGGAGGAUCCUGCUCCGAGUCCAGGCCGCUCCUCGUUCGUGUGGCUGGUGGGAGCGUCGCAGGUCGUGGGUUUGGCGUCGGUGGUGCUGACGGGCGUGUGGAUGGGUCACUACCGGGGGGGAUUCGCCUGGGACGGCUCGGCGCAGGAGUUCAACCUGCACCCUCUGUGCAUGGUGCUGGGACUGGUCUUUCUGCAGGGGGACGCCAUCCUGGUUUACAGGAUAUUUCGCAGCGAGCCAAAGAGGAACGUAAAGAUGCUUCACGGUAUCAUCCACCUGCUGGCCCUCAUCAUCAGCAUCAUCGGUUUCGUAGCUGUAUUCGACUUCCACAGAGCAGCAAAGAUCCCCGACAUGUACUCUCUCCACAGCUGGUGUGGCAUGGCGACACUGAUCUUAUUCUGCGUACAGUGGGUGAUGGGAUUGGGCUUCUUCCUGUUUCCUGUGGCGUCGUCAUGGUUAAAAGCGUUGUACCUCCCCAUCCACGUGUUCUGCGGUCUGGUUCUGCUGGUCAUGGCUGUAGGGACCUGCCUGCUGGGGAUCACAGAGAAACUCCUCUUUGCCAUCAUGCCGACCUACUCUAAGUUCGUCUCAGAGGGGGUCCUGGCUAACACCUUGGGGAUCCUGCUGAUCUGUUUCGGGGUGCUGCUGGGGUACCUGAUCACCAGGGAAGAGUACAGACGUCCACCAAACCCUGAAGAAGAGGCUCUCUCGGUCCACUUUAAGACCCUGACUGAAGGCGGGUCACCCACCACCACGCCAUGACCGCCAUGGCCGCCAUGGCCGCCAUGACCGCCAUGACCGCCAUGACCUCACUGCCAGCUCCAACUCGUAUUUAUCAAGCUGCGUCCUGCCAACAGACUACCUGUGCUGACAGUCUCUUCUGAAACCCACUCACAGAGUUAUUGGUUCAAACACAAGGCCAUGAAUGUACUUAGUAAAAAAAUGGGACCCAAAUGUAGCUUAAUAUUCAAGGAGAUAAUUAUCACGUGUGCUGGGCUGUGAUUGGCUAAGUGUUUACAGUUAACCCUUUAAGCAGAAGUAUAAAGAAGCGUUCGUGUCUGCAGCAGAGAAACUGUUCAUGGGAGUGUUUAGGGUUCAUCACUUUCGUUUUGCACAAUCCUCAUUGAUCGUAUAUUUUUCUUAGCAGCCAUUUUCUUUGAAGUACGCACAAAACAGGAAGCUCAAAUGCUGACGUAAUGUUGAACGACUAUUAUCAGGUUAUAGGUUGUUAAAUGUAGCCUGUAAAUCUGUCUUUGUUUACCGCCUUGAGUCCACAUUAAAUAUUUGGUGAGCUUUUAUAUCUAAUAACUCACGACAGGUAAUGUUUGCAUUCAACCACUCAGUUUUUAAUAUUACUGAAUGCUAACAGUGCUAUUUAAUAGUGUUAAAUAUAUGAGGAGUGCCAUAACUAGCUUAAUAAUGUUUGUAUGCUAAAAUUAUAAAGCUGUUCUCUUAUUUUAGGAAAUGCAAAUAAUAGAUAUCUUAUCUUAAAUUCGGCCUGAUGUUCCUCCACAUUUGAAUGAGAUUGCCUUUUAUAGUAGAUGUGAGUUAGCUAACAUGUCGUUAAGUGCUGCCAAUUUAACAGGAGAAACAUAAAUUAGCGACUUCCAUGACUAGCUAACAGUUCUGUUUGCUAAGAAGCGUUCCUCUGUAUUUUUACUAUUCAUAUUGCCAAGCUUAGCUUACAGGAGGAGUUUUUGAAAGUGCCUGAUUCAAAAGGAGAGCCGUAAAUUAGCAUCCAACAAGACUAGCUUACAGUAAUGUUAGCUAAGUGUUUGUAUCCUUUGUAUGUUGUAAGCAAUUGUGCUACAUAUCAUUUUGUCUCCCAAUUAAGAUUUCUAAUAGUCAUGUUAGCUACAAAGUGGUUGUAGGCUAAGAUUUGCUGUUCUCAUUUUAGGAAAUGUGUUAGCUAGUUUGUGUGUUCCAUAUCUAAAUUUGUGCUAAUGGUCUCUGUAGUUUCAUUUUCCACAUUGCCUGUUUUAAGUAGAAUGGAGAUCACUUGGAAGUUGCUCAAUGUCUAUUUGAUGGUGUUGCUAGAUUCACUUGUAGACCCAUAAAUGACCAUCUUCCGUGGCUAGUUAAGGCUGAAGUUAGCUUAGAAGCAGUUGUAGGCUAACAUUUGUUGUCCUAUCAUUGUGGCAAAUCUCCACCCAAUCAAAUAUAGUGCUGAGAUUUUAAAUUGGCGCAAUGAUGCUGCAGAUUUUCACUCUUCAGGUUGCCUCUUGUAGUAAAUAGGAUGUAGCUAGGGAGGUCGCUGAAUGUUAAGAUUGUUGCCUGAUUCAGGCGUAGAGACAUAAACUAGCAUCGUCUAUGACUAGCUUACAGUAGUGCUAGUUACGAUAAAUUAGCAUGCUAAUCUUAAAGCUGCUGUUGUCAACACUACCCCUCCCCUCUCUGCUCCUGUAACCCCGCCCACAAAAGAUCACUGUGCGCGUUCUAUGAGGAAGUAGUGGCUUCCCAGCCAAUCAGGGCGACGUAGUGGGGCCGCCACUCGACCAAUCAGGACGGAGGAUCGGAGAUUAGCUCUGAUUGGUCCGUGAUAACGGGAACGAGGGGAAUAAUAACAUUGCUUUAGACAUGGGCACUUACCGAUGAGUACUGAUGGGUAUUAUGACCUUUUCUCCAAACCCAGCAGAAGAAAAGUAACAUCUUUGACACCAUUCCUACCAACAGCAGCUUUAAGAAAUGUCAAAUUCUUUGCUUUGCUCCCUCCAUAAUUUGUGCCUUAUUCAAGUGGAGAGCCAUAAACUACCAUCUUAGACUAGCUAACAGUACUGCUAGCUAAGAAGAAGUCAUAGGCUAACUUUUGAUGUUGUGUUAUUUUAGCAAAUGUGCCAUCAAAUAUUUUAUUCCACAUUGAAACUUGGCCUUACGUCCGUCCAGACUUUUGUUGUACACAUUGCCUUUUUUAGAGUUCCUGAUUAACUUGGUGAUAAAUGUGAUUAACCUCAUAAUUUAUAACCUUAACUUCAGUCCUGAAACCUUAUGACAGCAUUUGAGCUAACAAACCUGAGUGUAGUGAGUGUCAUGUGAGUGAACUCUCUUGUAUCUAAUCAAAUCUGCAUAUUUUCUGCUGCUAUGUGUAAAUAUAUAUAACUUCUAUUGCUAUUUAUGUUGAGCAUAUUUUGCAAAAAACAUCUUUUCAGUUGAGUUUUAUUAUGAAUGUAAACAGGGGUUUGGGUUAAAUUAUCUAUAACUGUAUAAUUUAUAUUUAUCAACACAUUUCCUUUGGGUCCAACCAAGCUGCAAUUUUAUUUUCUAUAAUAUGGAUUCAUUAUUUAGUGUAAUCUAAAAUAAAGAAUGAUUCAUAUUUAAAUUUAAUAUUCUUAAUGGGAUAAAAACUCAUUAGACUUUAUGAAAAAUUAAUCUUUAACUCAUCAGAAAGUAAAAUUACAAUUAAAACCACGUCAUGGGUUCAUCUAAGGAAAAUUAAACUUCCAUUGAAACCAUUCACAACACACUACAUGUUGAAUUUAAUUCCUAUUUAAUGCACUCUAAUAAAGUCUGCCUUUAUAUUUGACCAGUCUACCUUUAAAGCUAACUACAUUUUUCAGCUUCUCAAAAUGUUUUCCAUCCGUUCAUAUGAAAGUGUUUGUAUUUAAAAGUUCUGUCAUGGAAGAAAAUGUUAGAAAUGUUCUGCGGUGUGUGUCAUGAGUUUUAUUACUUGUUGCAUUUUAAUGUUAAGCUUUUAAAUUCAUGUUCUUGAAUGUGUCAAACCAAAUAAAAAGCAUGUAGCUUCAGUUUGUUUGAUGGACUCAGCAAUGGUGCCAAAAACUAAAUUAACUGAGACAUGAAAAAGUUUGUUUCUGUGAGAUUCGUCUCUUUAAACAAGUCCUCAUCUCUCUGAGACAACCUGAAAUAAACAUCACUGUGGCAAAUGA